CAAUUUUUAACGGAUAUACAUAUUUAAGUAACUAAAUCUACAAAUACUUAAUUCAAAUGAAUCUGAAGCCAGGAAAGAAAUGGGAAUGUCCAAAGUGCUUAAAAACGUUUAAAGCCAAGUACAAGUUGACGAGACACAUCGUCAGGCACGAUCCCGAUGCCAAAGUCAAAUGUGAGAUUUGCGGCAAAAUUUCCAAAAACAGACUCGCCCUAUCUGCCCACGUGUCAAGCCUUCACACUGAUCGAAAGCGACCAAGUUGUGACGUUUGUCACCGGGUAUUUUUCCACUAUGGCACUUUACAACGACAUAUUCACGCCCUGCAUAACACUGAAGAACGGCCCCGUUUCUCAUGUCAAUUUCCCGGAUGUGAGAAAAUCUACAAAAACAGGUAUGGUCUUUCGCAACACGUGAGUACUGAACACGCCGAGAAUCCGGUCCGAUUUCCGUGCACACUUUGCGGAAAAAAGUUCAAAAGGAGGAGUCACCUUGAGACUCACAUUCACUCCCACACGACCGAGAAGACGUACAAUUGUUCAACUUGUGGGAGGAGUUUCGCCCACAAGGCAAGCGUGACACAGCAUGAGAAGACACAUUUGGAAAAAUCUGCCCGAGACAUGCUACAGUAUCGCGUCUGUCCUCAGACCUUCUCAAGUAAAAAAUCUUUACAAGGGCACAUCCGGGUUUUGCAUGAAAAUCAGAGAAAUUAUCCGUGCGCAUUUUGUGAUAAGAGAUUCGCCAACACAACAAACUUGAAGGUUCACUUGGAGCGGAGACACCCCACGGGUAAAGAGUUGAUUGUGUAUUCCUGUGAGAAAUGCGAGUACAGGAGCCACUCGAAAGCCAAUUUAGCUGCCCACGGAAUACGUCACAAUGCAGCGCGAUAUGAGUGUUAUUUUUGUCAGAAUAAAUUCUUCCUUUUUAACAUCUUGGUCAAACAUUGUGGAGCUCAUACUCUGGAAAAGUUAUGAUAGUAAUGGUAGGUACGAAUGCACAUACAUACAUAUGUGAGCAUAUCUAUAUUAUAAUUUCAUUUGAUUAGCCAUUAGUAAUGUAUUUACAUAGUGAGCAUUUAAACAAGUCGACGCGGCAUUAACAAAAUCUUGCGUGGUUAACAAAAUUCUGAAUUCCUAGCAAAAUUUGUGUUGCUUUCAAAAUUCCUGAUAAGUUAAAUGUCAUCCAAAGAACACGUUGUAACAUGAUAUAUGUAUGUAAUGCUCUAAAUUUUAAUUUCGAAUACAACUCUUUUUAAACUUUUAGCAAAAUCUUGGCUAAAUUCCUUUUGCAAUUGGCAAACCAUUUUAACAACUAUUGGGUAGAAUUAAACAAUACGCUAACAACCUCUAAUAAAUACCGUAAUUCCAUCGUGGCAAGAUAAUAUGGAAAAUGCUAUUAUUUUGCAAAACUCAAUAUAUCGGAAAAUUGGGGUCCAAAAUCGAGGCAGCGGCCAAAUUCUAGUCUUAAAUAAUUUUUAUUAUUAUUUCCCGCGAUAUUUGACCAAAAGUUCGAUUAGUUUGACUCAAAAUCCUAAAUUUGCAAAAAAUUCGCACAUUUUGGCUCAGAUCUCGAAAACUGCUGGCGCGCCACCCCAAUUUUAUUACGGAUUAUUGAUCUACUCAACAUUACGCAAAUUUUAAGCCAUCAAACUCGAAAAUCGUUGGAAGAUGAA